CCGCUCCUCUCCUCCCUCGCCGUCAGCCCGGACUGGCGGCGGCGCGGGCUGGCGCAGCGGCUGUGCCGCGAGGCGGAGGGGCUCGCGAGGGAGUGGGGGUACGAUGAGGUGCUGCUCAAGGUGGAGCGGGACAACCGGCGCGCGCGCAAGCUCUACCGCAAGCUCGGCUACCGAGACGUCGCCGUCGACGCC